GGAAUGUGUUCACAUGGCUCGAGGGGAUGCCCUCAUGGUGGGUAUCUGGGCUCUCGCUCUUACCUUUCGAGUCUUUCCGGCUCAUUCAUUUCCUGCUUGAUUGACGUUCUUCUGCCGCAGUGACAUUCAUCCUCCUCAUCUUGUCUCCUUUUCAUCCCACAGAAUGGGGCUCUUCCUCUUCCUCAAAAAACGGUCUGGGUUCCGGGUUGACAAUAGCAGGACUACAUCUGCAGCCACGCUGACUCUACGCCAAAGCCUGUGGCCCCUGACCCUGGUUACCAUACUCUUCUUUCUAUGGGGCUUCGCCUACGGCCUGCUAGAUACCCUGAACAAGCAUUUCCAGAAUACUUUGAAUAUCACUCGGACACGCUCUUCAGGACUUCAAGCAGCCUACUUUGGUGCUUAUCCCCUUGCCUCCCUCGGAUACGCAAACUACAUCCUUCGUCACUUCGGGUACAAAACCGCCUUUAUCUUCGGUUUGACUUUGUAUGGAAUCGGUGCCCUCUGUAUGUGGCCUGCAGGCCUGAAUCGCUCGUUUGGCGGCUUCUGUGCAGCUACCUUUGUAAUCGGCUCGGGCCUUGGAUCCCUUGAAACCGCUGCCAAUCCAUAUCUUACUGUCUGCGGUCCACCAAAGUAUGCCGAGAUCCGAAUCAACCUUGCCCAGGCAUUCAAUGGCAUUGGUACUUGUGUGGCACCAGCUUUAGCAUCGUACGUUUUCUUCACAUCUACCGAGGACGAUGUCAACGCCCUGAAACGAGUACAAUGGGUUUAUCUUGCCAUUGGCAUCUUCGUUUUCAUCCUCGCCGGUGUCUUCUUCGUUUCCACCAUCCCCGAAGUAACCGAUGAAGAUAUGGCGUUCCAGGUUGCUGAAACGCAUGUUGGAGAGCAGGAGAAGCCAUUCUGGAAACAAUACAAGCUGUUCCAUGCCACGUUAGCGCAAUUCACUUAUACUGGUGCCCAGGUUGCUAUCGCAGGUUAUUUCAUCAACUACGUUGUUGACACCUGGCCCGGUACGACCAGCGCCACGGGCUCCAAAUACCUUGCGGGCGCUCAAGGAGCCUUUGCCGUAGGCCGGUUCCUGGGAGCCAUCAUCAUGAAAUUUGUGAAGGCGCGCUGGGUAUUCCUGGUUUAUCUCUCGUGCACCGUAGCCUUCAUCGCUGCGUCCAUAACACAACACGAGGGAAAUGGCAUAGCAAUGCUCUUCUGCACCCUCUUCUUCGAAUCCGUUUGUUUCCCCACCAUCGUCGCACUAGGCAUCCGCGGCCUUGGUCGUCACUACAAGCGCGGCUCAGGGUUCAUUGUUGGAGGCGUCUCCGGCGGUGCCGUGGUGCCUCCGAUCCUGGGCCAUGUAGCCGAUAUGCGGAACAGUACGAGGUUCGCAAUGAUUGUUCCAACCAUGUUCAUGGUCGUGGCGUGGACGUAUGCUAUUGCUGUGAACUUUGUGCCUGCAUAUCUGGAUAUGGUUGACAAGGUCGGGUCGAGUGAUAUCGGACUUCAGGAAGAUGAUGUGACUUCGAAGAAUGUCGAAAGUGAUGGGAAGGUGUCUCGGGAGCAGCGUUCGAGAUAAUAGGGAGGGUUGACGGGCUUGUCGACCAGCUAUUUAGUAAAUCCUUCAACUGCUUGAUCGAACAUGCUAUCUGAUUCGCCAGGACAUGUGAUGAUUUUACAGGCUCGGACUAAAGACCAACCGAUAUACCUCGAUGUAGAUGGCGGGAAAAGAAGAAGAAAAGACAAAAGCCUAAAGAAAUUCGAAAGUCUAGUCUAUCGAACAGAAUUGGGCAUAUACAAAACCCGAGGCCGAGAGCGAUCCACAACGGACUGCGGAUGAAUCUAGAAUGCAUUAGUCACCAGGGAUCAAUGAUUCCUCGUGCCUGACCCAGGAACCAGCCUUGCACGGCACUUCUUCCAACUAAGAUCCAGAACAUGAGCAUGACAACGGCAGCCGUGGGAAGGGGAUAUCUCUAUGAACAAGCAAGGGCACAUUAAAAACAUUAAGGCAGAUGUGAAGGGGUAAAUGAUAAGUCAUUAAAUAGGAUACACAGAA